AUGGUGAAUUUCACAGCGAAUGCAACUGAGAAGUGCAGUAUUAAUCAUGACAUCCACCAGACAUUAUCCCCCGUGGUAUACAUAUUUGUAUUUAUGUUAGGCUUGCCAGCUAACUGCCUGUCACUGUACUAUGGGUAUUUACAGAUGAAAGCUAAAAACGAAUUGGGCAUCUACCUUUGCAAUUUGACUGUAGCAGACCUGCUCUACAUAUUUUCUUUGCCUUUUUGGCUUCAGUAUGUUUUACAGCACGACAAUUGGACCUACGAUGAGCUGCUGUGCAAAAUUUGUGGCAUCCUCUUGUAUGAGAAUAUCUAUAUCAGCGUGGGCUUCCUCUGCUGCAUCUCCAUCGACCGCUAUCUCGCAGUUGUGCAUCCUUUUCGGUUUCAACGGUUCAGGACAAUGAAGGCAGCUGCGAUUGUAAGCAUCAUUAUCUGGACCAAAGAAAUCAUGAUGUGCUGCUUUGUCUUCACGCAUGGGGAGAUCAGCAUGGACGCUGAGAGCCACGUGGUGUGCUUUGAGCACUACCCCAUCAAGGAGUGGGAGCACAAUGUCAACUACUACCGCUUCUCUGCUGGCUUUCUUUUCCCUUUCUUUCUGCUGGCCUUCUCUUACUGUGGGAUUUUACGAGCUGUCCACAAGAGUCAUGGAACACAAAAGAAGAAGAAAAUCCAAAUUAAACGACUGGUUUCAAGCACUGUUUUAAUUUUUGUAGUUUGCUUUGGACCGUACCACAUCCUACUUGUGAUUCGCAGCUUGUUGGAGACCAACUGCUCAUUCGCUGAGAAAAUAUUUAAUAUUUACCAUGUUUCUCUCCUGUUGACUACUUUUAACUGUGUUGCUGAUCCAGUAUUGUACUGUUUUUCUAGUGAAAGCACUUACCAGAACUUUGCCAAGAUGCGAGACUCUUGUUUAACAUGUUUAGGAUGCCUGAGGACAGAGACGAAGGAAUCCUAUCCGCUGAAUGCUCCCAAAACUGCCAACAGGCCACAACAUGAGCAACAGCCAGGGUUAUUACAAAAAUCACAUGAUGGUAUUGAAAUGAAGGACUCCUCCAGAACCAGCAUGGGCAGCCUAUAG